UGGACACCCCUGGUGUAGAUGUCCCUCAGCUUCAUACAUCCUUUUGGUGUUUAGCAACUUCCAGUGUCCAGUCGAUACUCUAAUUAAUUUUCCCAAGACAAAGGCGCUGAUGAGAGUCUGUUGUCAGCGGCUCUUAGAUCCAGCCUCUGCACACUGACUGGAUCCUUGGUUCCCUUCUUCCUGGAUCAAUUAUUGAUCGCGAGUCCUCCUUCCAGCCGCCGCUGCUGGGAUGGGAACAGGAAGUUCACGUCACUGACAGAAGUGGGACCGGAGGAAGAAAACACACCACCACCAUGAUGAUGAUGAUGAUGAGGAUGAGGAGGAGAAUGUCAGUCCCGUUUGUUUAGAAAAAGGAAAAAACCGACACAAGUGCGCGUUGUUUUUUUUUUCUGCCAGGAAAAGGAUGAACCGCCAUGUCCGAGCUGGAACUGAGGCAUCAGGAAGGGUAACGGUGCGCUGCUAAAUGGAGUCGGAGCAGCUCUACCACAGAGGCUACUGCAGGAACAGCUACAACAGCAUCGCCAGCGCCAGCAGCGACGAGGAGCUGCUGGAUGGAGCCGGCAUCGUCAUGGACUUCCACACCACCGAAGACGACAACCUGCUCGAUGGGGACGCUGCCUCCCCAGGCUCUAACUACGCCAUGUCUAAUGGGGGUGGGGCAGCCAGCAGUACCACCCACCUGUUGGACUUCCUGGAGGAACCCAUUCCAGGAGUGGGGACGUACGACGACUUCCACACCAUCGACUGGGUCCGCGAGAAGUGCAAGGACCGCGAGAGACACAGGAAGAUCAACAGCAAGAAAAAAGAGUCGGCAUGGGAGUUCACCAAGAGCCUGUACGACGCGUGGUCUGGGUGGCUGGUGGUGACGCUCACCGGCUUGGCAUCAGGUGCUUUGGCUGGCCUGAUUGACAUUGCUGCUGAUUGGAUGAAUGACCUGAAGGAGGGGGUUUGUCUGAGCGCCAUGUGGUUCAACCACGAGCAGUGCUGCUGGACAUCCAAUGAGACCACCUUCGCUGAGAGGGACAAGUGUCCUCAGUGGAAGAGCUGGGCCGAGCUAAUAUUGGGGCAGGCCGAGGGCCCUGGCUCCUACAUCAUGAACUACUUCAUGUACAUCUACUGGGCGCUGUCCUUCGCCUUCCUGGCCGUCUGUCUGGUCAAGGUCUUCGCUCCGUACGCCUGCGGCUCAGGAAUCCCAGAGAUCAAGACAAUCCUGAGUGGGUUCAUCAUCCGGGGCUACCUGGGUAAGUGGACCCUGAUGAUCAAGACCAUCACUCUGGUGCUGGCGGUGGCGUCUGGGCUCAGCCUGGGGAAGGAGGGCCCCCUGGUCCACGUGGCCUGCUGCUGCGGCAACAUCUUCUCCUACCUCUUCCCAAAGUACAGCAAGAACGAGGCCAAGAAACGAGAGGUUCUGUCGGCUGCGUCGGCUGCUGGGGUCUCUGUAGCUUUCGGAGCACCGAUUGGAGGAGUUCUCUUCAGCUUGGAGGAGGUGAGCUACUACUUCCCUCUGAAGACCCUGUGGCGCUCCUUCUUCGCCGCCCUGGUGGCGGCCUUCGUGCUGCGCUCCAUCAACCCCUUCGGCAACAGCCGCCUGGUGCUGUUCUACGUGGAGUACCACACGCCCUGGUACCUGUUUGAGCUCAUCCCCUUCAUCCUCCUGGGGGUGUUCGGGGGUCUCUGGGGCGCCUUCUUUAUCCGAGCGAACAUCGCCUGGUGCCGGAGGCGCAAGUCCACACGCUUCGGGAAGUACCCGGUGUUGGAGGUGAUCCUGGUGGCAGCCAUAACGGCCGUCGUCGCUUUCCCAAACCCCUACACCCGUCAGAACACCAGCGAGCUGAUCAAGGAGCUCUUCACCGACUGCGGCCCGCUGGAGUCCUCCCAGCUCUGCCAGUACCGCAGCCAGAUGAACGGCAGCACCGCCUACACGGACAACCCCAACCAGCCGGCGGAGCCGGGCGUCUACUCGGCCAUGUGGCAGCUCUGCCUGGCGCUCAUCUUUAAAAUUAUCAUGACCAUAUUCACCUUCGGACUCAAGGUACCGUCGGGCCUGUUCAUCCCCAGCAUGGCCAUCGGAGCGAUCGCAGGGCGGAUUGUGGGCAUCGCCAUGGAGCAGCUGGCCUAUUACCACCACGACUGGUUCCUCUUCAAAGAGUGGUGCGAGGUCGGGGCCGACUGCAUUACCCCAGGCCUCUACGCCAUGGUGGGGGCCGCAGCCUGUUUGGGCGGCGUGACGCGUAUGACCGUCUCCCUCGUGGUCAUCGUGUUCGAGCUGACCGGCGGGCUGGAGUACAUCGUCCCCCUCAUGGCCGCCGUCAUGACCAGCAAAUGGGUGGGCGACGCGUUCGGCCGCGAGGGCAUCUACGAGGCCCACAUCCGCCUGAACGGCUACCCCUUCCUGGACGCCAAAGAGGAGUUCACGCACACCACGCUGGCCAGGGACGUGAUGCGGCCGCGGAACAGCGACCCGCCGCUGGCCGUGCUGACGCAGGACGACCUGACGGUGGAGGAGCUGCAGGCCGUCAUCAACGAGACCAGCUAUAAUGGCUUCCCCGUGAUCGUGUCCAAGGAGUCGCAGAGGCUGGUGGGCUUCGCUCUGCGCAGGGACAUCACCAUCGCUAUAGAAAACGCUCGCCGCAAGCAGGAGGGCAUCAUGUUGAACUCCAGGGUGUACUUCACCCAGCACGCGCCCACGCUGCCGGCCGACAGCCCCCGGCCCCUCAAGCUGCGCUCCAUCCUGGACAUGAGCCCCUUCACCGUCACAGACCACACCCCCAUGGAGAUCGUGGUGGACAUUUUCAGGAAGCUGGGCCUGCGCCAGUGUCUGGUCACUCACAACGGGAAUAUGUUGGGCAUCAUCACAAAGAAGAAUAUAUUAGAGCAUCUGGAGGAGCUCAAGCAGCACACGGAGCCCCUGGCGACUUCUUGGUAUUAUCACAAAAAAAGAUAUCCUUCGUCACAUGGCUCAGAUGGCAGACCAAGAUCCAGAGUCCAUCAUGUUCAACUGAUCCGCUCCUUCCAGGACGGCUGGGGGGGAGGAGGAUGUAGCGAGGAAGAGGAGGAGGAGGAGGAAGAGGUGUGCCUCCUGAACGGCUCCAAUCUCUGACAUCCGGACCCUGUUUUGUUUUUUUUGUUUUUUUCAUUUAACUCUCAGCUUUGCGGGCCCUGAGCCUGACUGAAUGACUCUCUGCGGCCCCCCGGAGACUCGCGGGCCCCCAGCAGGAGAAGGAUGACAAUAAAGACAUUUGAUGUUGUCAUUCGGCAGCUGAGGGGACAGGAAAAAAAAAAAAAAAAAAA